CUCAUCCUGCGUGGCCUCCGUCCUCGCCGACCCAUCCCGCCGCCUCGUCCCUGUGGCCUCAUCCCUCGCCGACCCGUUGCUCUCCGCCUCUCUCAUUCGGUCUCCGAGAGGCUGAGCAAAACCCUCAAGAGCCUCAAAUCUCACAGUGUUCAGCCUCAGAGCCUCAGAUCGCCAGGGAUGAGGAUCAUUCCUGACAAAUCAUGGAUAGAUAUCCCACGGCGUCAUAGAUUUCGUGACACGCGAUACAAGGAGGGAUGUGAAGCAUUCAUGCGUUAUGCUGAAAUGAAUCCAAGAAAUUUAAGAAGCGGUGCUAUGUAUUGUCCUUGUUGUAGGUGUAGGAAUUUGAAGCUGCUGAAUAGAAAUGAUAUACGGAUCCACCUAAUGAAAUCAGGUUUUGAUGAAAAAUAUAAAUAUUGGAACUGGCAUGGGGAAGGUAUCACCGAAGAUGAGGAUCCAAAUGUGCGUGUUGAUACGUCCGGUGGUCAACGAAUAGAUGACACAGAAACAAUGUUGAAUGAUAUUUUUCCUCGACCUACAGAAUAUGAUGUUGAGGAUAAUGUCGAGGAUGAUAUCGGAGAUAAAAGUGAAGAUGAUAUCGAAGUUGAGGCUGAAGAGGUAAGAGAUGUCGAGGCUGCAUCUGUGUACAUUUCGCAGGAGGAGGAACAAACUGAGCCGGACCCUCACAUACUUUCUGCAGAGGAGAACAUCACUCUCACACAGAACCUGAUGGGUCAUAAUAGGUAUGGAUGGAGAGGAAGAUAUCCUCUGCAUAGUGUUGGAGCUUCACCCGGCAUAAGCGUGAGAUCAUCCACAGCAUCCUCCACGCCAUCUACAUCAAUAAGAGCAGCCCCAAACAGUUUCCAGGCUAUGCCAUUUGUCGCACGUAUCUCUGCGUAUUUGAUUGACAAGAUUGACCCGGAGCUACAUGUUCAGGUGACUAAUGAGAUGACUAGAGUUGCGCUGACGGCAAACUCGAUGGACGAUCUCAUGAGGUAUGUUAUACAAUAUUUAGGCGGUGUGAUUCCUUAUAGCGUGUAUGUUGGUAUCAUACGGAUCAUAAGCUCGAUUGGCGAUAAUUCUGGCGCUAGACAGAGCAGCGCUCAGAGUGGAAAUAUUGGAGGGAGCAGCAUCCGUUCUCGUAACCGGGAUAGAGAUACUGCCAACGACGACGAUAGAUGAGGGUUUUUUAUUUUUAAUGCAAUAAACAGUUUUAUUUGUUAUAACACUUCAUUUAUUCAUGUCAUGUAUCUUAUCUUAUUCAUGUACAUUGUUAGUAUAUAUGUUGUUGGAUGUAUAUAUUAGACGGAUUAGGUUGAUGUAUAUUUUGGAGUGGAUGGUUGGAUUUGUGCAUUCUGUUGGAUUUGAUUAUAUUUGGUUU